AUGGAUCUACAAGGUACAAAAGAAGCCCGAAAGGAGGAGGGCGAAGGUUCUCUCGAGGCAUAUGGUGCUGGGGGUAGUCGUUCGAAAGAGUAUCACAAGAACGAGGGGCGGGAUUCUCACAACCGCGAUGACCGAACUUCUAUUCAUCCGCUUCGUCGACGUCAACCACCAUUCGCCUAUCCUCAUGGAUCUCAAAGAAACAAUGCAUCACCAGCCACCGCCGUGACUCGGCCUCGAGAGCCCUCGCCUUCACCGGAAGCUAUCAGUAUACCUCAAGCGUUGGGACUAAGCUCCCGCGACCAGCGACUACUGCGCAAGGCUCGGAGAUCCCCACCGGUUACGAAGAAGACGCUCAGCGAACUUGACUUGCCAUGUAUCAUGGGCAACAUUAACUUACGCAUGGACGCCAAUUUCGACCGCGAUUUGCACUUCAAGCCUGAUCUAGAUGGAGAAAAGGGCAAACGGAAGCGGAAAGAAGCUACAGACUAUUGGGACUCAUUGGCCUCAGAGAUUGCUAUUUACGCUUUCCGUGCUGCCAGUGCGGAUAUCGCUGUUGAGGAAGUCGAGUCGAUUGACGGUACUCGACGCACUUUUGAUCCCCGUUUGCCUGCCCUGUUCGAGACAUUACAGGACGUCAUCAAGACCCUCGUCCCAGAACGAGACCAUCCGACUGUGAUGCAGAAUUUGGAAGUUCCCUUACUCAUGCAACAAAUCCGCAAAGGCGUUCUUGACAUGCUUGCCCUGGCGACGUGGCUCGCUGCCCUGCUCAAAACACAUUGCGCCCCGAUGCGUGAUGAUUGGGCAGAUUGUAUGGUUAGCCAAAUCGAAAAGGGUUCAAAAUCGCAAGACCCGCGGGAGAUUGUCAAUGGUCUUCAGACACUUUUCGCCAUCUUGGAAGCGAUGAAGUUGGACGUCGCUAACCACCAAAUUCGAGCAUUCCGCGUCCUGUUGAUUGAAGAUACAGUUCCAUUCCUCCAAGAAUACUUCCAGGGCAAAAUGAAUCGCGGCAGCUUCCAAGUUGAGCCCGCCCGCGAGUGGUAUCUUACCGUGCGAUCCCAAGCCCGUCAAGAAGACGAGACCGACCCCAAAGCCCAGACCGAAACAGAAGAUACACUCAAACCCCUCGAAGCCCUCUUUCGCGGUAUCUCCGACCAACUCCUCCAAUUCUCUCCACCAAAGGAUUUUCCCGAAACCUUCCUCUUCGACUCCGAGCGCCUUUGGCAACUCCGCUCCACCGUCCAAAACCUAAUCAACCUCGACAUCUCCUGGUACAUAUUUGAAUCAUAUGUAAACAAGCACAAGCGGUAUCUCUCAGCCCCGGAAGAAACCUACUCCACGUUCCGCUCGCGCAUCUGGUCCCUAAUGGAAGACGGCAUGGAUCUGGACAACCGCAUCGCCGGAAACCCGGGCGACAACGACGACGACCCCGAUCACCGCGGCGGAAAACGCUGGACCCAGAAUAUGCGCUGCAUCGCGCUGGAAAUUGCCCGGUUUGCUUGCGCGGCGCUGCAGCUUGACGCUGUCGUCGCGGAUGAGGUUAUCGCGCCCAUUGAAGAGGCCCUCGAGUGGCAUCUCUCCAAUGAGUCUGAUCUCUUUGCUUAUUUCCAGGAUAGCAUGCGUGCUAAGGUCCUCGCUGCCACGUUGUCCGCAGCGAAACGGUACUUGCCCCUUUCGCCGCUGGCGAUCUGUGAAUCGCAGCGGGUACCGCCGACUGCGGCUUCUGGGCCAGUCAAUACAGUUGCGGCUGGGUCAGGGUCUGGGCAGGCCUUGACGCCCCAGCAAUCAGAUAUUGAGCGUAUUGGUAUGCGUCUUGCUCAUAUGGGUGUUUUGCACUGGCGUGUUUGGGCGCCGCUGUUAUACCUUCGCGAUGAAAUUGCGAUGGCGGAGCUUGAGCCGGCUUUGGUAUAG